AUGUCAUUAUACGCCGAACGAGAUGGCGAGAAGAAAAGCCCUGUCGUCUCGAAAUGCGACCUCGAGUUGAACACGAGCCACGAGGGAUCCCAGGAGCCCGUCGCAGCAAUGGUAAUCCCUUCCAUCAACAGCAGCGACCAGACCUUUCCAGACGGCGGAUAUAAAGCCUGGAUGACUGUUCUCGGGGGCUGGCUGUCAUUCAUCGCAGGCAUUGGUGUUUUGACUGGCUUCUCAGUUUUCCAGAGCUACUACAGUACGGUCGUGUUGAGUGGAUAUUCGGCUGAUGACAUUGCUUGGAUCGCUAGUCUACAGACAUGGGGAUGCUUCUUCUUCGGAAUGUGGGCCGGUCGCCUUUCUGACAGAUAUGGGCCUAAGAUCCCAAUGGCCUUCGGUUCCUUCUUCAUGAUCCUAGGCACGAUGACGGCGUCAGUGUCAACCAAGUACUAUCAAUUUAUUCUGUCUCAGGGCCUCUGCUCAGCACUAGGGAUUGGUUUCGCCUUUACACCGGCUCUAGCCAUACAGUCGCAAUGGUUCCUCAAGAGAAGAGGCUUUGUCGUCGGCUUGGUCAUGUCAGGCCAGAACGUUGGAGGCGUCAUCUGGGCAAUCUUAGUGGAUCAAUUCGUCAACUAUCAUGGAAUCUCGUUUGGGUGGACUCUACGGACCAUUGGAUUCUUGCAGCUUGCCUUGAUGGUGGCAGCAGUACUCCUAAUCCAGCCACGAUUCCCACAUGAUAUGCCACGCGAACCCAUCAAAACUAAGACCUUCUUCACUGAUAAGCGGACAUUGUUAUUCACCCUUGCGACAUUCAUCAUGUACCUUGGGAUAUAUAUGCCCUACAUCUAUAUUGCUUUAUACGGCUAUCAGUAUGGAUCGUCGGCAAGAGGAGCGUUUUAUCUUGCAUCGAUCCUGAACGCCGGCGGCUUCUUUGGAUGCUACGCUUUGGGUAUCGUAGCGGACGCUGGUUUGGGAUUCUUCGACUCUCUGAUCGUAACAACGUUUGCAUCGGCCGUUGUCGCCUUUGCCUGGAUAGGAGCGCGCACUCCAGCGGGCGUCAUCGUGUGGACCGUGGUAUAUGGUGUUCUUUCCGGAGCGCUCCAGGCCAUCUUCUCUCCGUGUGUAUCUCUGCUGGCACCCUCGCCGGAAGUGAUCGGCACAUGGAAUGGGGCGUCCAGUCUUGAAGUUGUCCAUCAUCAGUCCUCUGAGUCUGUCCCUUUGGAAGCCCCUCUGCCAGAACAUAAAAGAUCUCUCUCAAACCAUCACCGCCCUACUCCAGCAAAAAUGCUUGUGUUUCUGACCGGUGCUCCUGGGUUCAUCGGUCGUGCAACCAUCAAAGAACUCCUGGAUCACGGCCACGAGGUGCUGGGACUCGCACGAAGCGAUGCAUCUGCAGAUACAAUCUCCAAGCUCGGUGCACAGGUCCACCGGGGCGACCUCGAAGAUCUGGAGAGUCUGAAGAGCGGUGCGGAGAAAGCUGACGGCGUCAUUCACCUUGCAUUCAUACACGACUUCAGUGACUAUGCCAAAGCCGCGGCAGUCGAUCGGGCGGCAAUUGAGGCCAUGGCUGACGCCAUAGCGGGUACGGGAAAGCCCCUUGUCAUCGCUUCGGGCACAAUGCUAGGAGUGAAAGGACAGCUUGCCACAGAAGACUCUGAGCCUGAGCGUGGGACACCAUUCGCAAUGAGGCAGGAGUCGGCGGACCUUGUUGUGAAACUGUCAAAGGAGAAAGGGAUCCGCGGCUCGAUCGUGCGGCUGCCACCCACAGUCCACGGGAAAGAUGACAAAGGACUCAUUCCUCGCUUCAUCGACGUCGCGCGACAGACCAGCUCGGUCAGCAUUGUGGGCGAUGGAUCCAACCGCUGGUGCGCCGUUCACCGUCAGGACGCAGCCGUCCUAUUCCGCCUGGCGCUUGAGAAGGGUGCCUCAGGUGGAUCCUACCACGCCGUCGCCGAGCAAGGUGUUCCAAUGAAGGAGAUAGCGAAUAUUGUUGGCCAGAAGCUGCAGGCGCCAGUGGAAAGCAAGACUGUUGAGGAGGCUAUGAAGACCCUUGGCUUUCUGGCCUUGGUGUUCGGGGCGGACAAUCCUGCAUCGAGCGAGAAGACGCAGAGAGAGCUCGGCUGGGAUCCCACGGGCUCUGGACAACCUAAGUUGCUGGCAGACAUAGAAGCGCACUACUUUCCUUGA